AUUGAAAUUAAUACUGUGUCAGUACUUACAUGCUUUGUGUCUUGGUGAUUUCUUCCAAUAUAGCACGAGUUAUGAUGGCGUUGGAGAAAUUCAACCAAGCGUGUGUGUUCAUGCGCGUCGAUCAUUUGCAUUUCGAUGAGCUGGAUUUUGAGUUGCUAUCUCGAAGCAUUUUUAUCUCUCCUGAUUCGGAUCUUUCGGGUGUCCAGCGGCAGCGGCGUCUUCGGGGAAUUUUGUCGCAUGAGCGGUCGUCUCGGAGGGAAUUAGUUCGUAAUUUUCGGGGUGACGUGGGUGAAGAAAAGGAGAUCUGCCUUGGUAAACUACUAACAAUCAAGGAAGAUCUCCAGUACAGGUACCCAAACAAGGAGAUUUAUCUAACACGGUUGCUUCAUUUGGGGCCUAGGCUCCAAGUUAUCCGAAAUUAUGCGGCAGGGGAGGUCAACCAGGAAAUUUCGGGGUUGCUGGAGGAAGUUCUAGCAGUUUAUGCCAGUCAUUUUAAUGACGAACAGGCAGCACUUCCUCCCGACAACCAAGAAGGGGAGGAUGGAGAAAUUUUGGGAGAUUUGCUGAGUACAGACGUACCUGCAAUUCCACAGGGAUCCAAUCCUUCCGAUAACGAAGGAUCUCUUUCUAAACAGCUCGUUGGAGAUGACCUGUUGCGUGUCUUGUGCGAGAUGAGGGACGAGAUUCGACAAUAGACCUUUCUCGUCAAAAAAUUUUAUAUGCAGAACAGCUUCCGUUUUCAUCGCUGGAUCGAUUCUGAAUACUGUCACGUUAAUUUGGUGUCUCUAACUAUUGAAAAAAUAAAAAAAUCUUCGAACUGCCCAUUUUACUUUGUAUUACCCUGUCCUAUUUUACCUCGAUUCUCCAUACUUUUACACCAUUUGGAUGAACUUCGAGUGGGGAAUAUGAAAUAAAGUUACGGCGGGUAGCCUAUAACAAAGUUCCAGUAGCCUACCGCUCGCCGGCAUCUAUUUUAAUCUGGCUAUUCGCCGUUUCGUUUACUGGGUAUGAACUUCAAGAGUUCAUUCCAAUUUGUCAAAAACAUUGUUUUGACGUAGAUGAACCCCAAAUCAGUGUUGCAGAAUAUACCGAUUUAUCGAUAUCUAAACCGAUUUUUAAUUUCAAAACCAAUAAAGUUACUAAAAAUACCGAUUUCUUUUUUCUUUCCAAAAAAUAACGAUUUUCAUAUAAUAAGAUCAAUUAAUAUUACGUUUGGACCUUUUUAGAAAAUGUCUUCCCCACAUCAAAUCAUCCGGAAAUUGAUUCAGCAAUCUGCCAGGUUACUAUCAAAAUUUUAAAAUAAAGCUCACCAACUGAUUCUGAAAUCGAUUGAGCUCGGUAGGUUUGAUUACAUAACAUUAGAAUGAUCUAUAAUUUAAAACCAAUAAUUUGCAGGUAACUUUUGGUUAGCAUACAUCUUCACACCGAUAAAUACCUAUUUUUUAUUUAGAACUAUACCGAUAUUAGAUUUUUUUCAGUACCAGUAGAAAGUGGAAGUACUCCGGAGCAAACAGAGAGAAAAUCGUUCCUAUGUUCUUUUUUUUCUUCUUCCGUUAGCAAACUGGAGUAAAAAGCAAGUAUUUUUUGCUUCUGUUUGCUCCGGAGCAACUUCUGUGUACUAGAACAAACCUAUUAUACAAAACCAUCUGACAACGCUGCUCUAAAGUGAAAAGUGCUCUUCAAACAUCGAUGACAUCUUUUUUGUUUUUUCCUGUUUUCUCUAUAUAGCUAUACCUAUCUGAUAUGUAUUUCAUCCUGCCAAGGAAUCCAAAAACAUCAGCUGUCUCCCGUUUUCCGAAAGUUCGCCGACCAGUUUUGCUUCCAAACUGAAGAAAAAACUACAGUUUAACUUCACCAGGCACAUCAUCAGAAUGAGAUGCAGGAAAAUAUUAACCCAGAAUGGUUUCAUUUUACCGUCCACUAUGAGAAACAUUUUACAAAUGAUAAUCGUGUAUGCCCAAAAGGUAUUUUGUGCGGAUCUGCGAAUUCGGUUUUUGUGGAAUAAUUCGACCAAGGGCUAUGAUGUAGCAGCGGUGGAGAGUAAGUCCAAUCUUACGGCUUCAUCCCACCCCGACAGCAGAUGAGCGCUGGCGAAUGUUCUCAGCCACCUGGAGGAGGUGCCUGGACUUUUUUGGUAAUCUCAGAGAUUGGGUGUGCAGACGGGCGGUUGGAGUUCUGGGAGGGAACGACUGGUAACUUUAAGGGUAUAUAUGACAAAAACACCCACAACAAUGGGGUAACGAACAUAAAGCUCGCCGGUGACAAAGUGAUAGUUGCACGGUUGAGUGGACGAAUCGAUUCUCUGAGACUGGAAACGUACACGCAAGGUUGUCAGAUCGAUUGGGGAUUUACGUCUGCAUAUGGGCGAACUCACGUACGCACCGGUUCGGCAGGAAGCAUUAGUUUAUUUCAGCAAUCCGUCCACAACGUUGCCAGCUCAACAUAACGCAUCCGAGGAGGAGCUUCGAUGUAUCUUGGAGUUUCACCAGCAGGGUCACCGGUGACAUGUUUGGAAGUGGCGGGCGGUACAGUCAUGACUGGCAGCCAGGGCCACACUGUUAAAGUGUUCCGACUCGAUAGCCACCUAUUGCAGUUCACCCUAAACGGCCAUUGCGGUCCUAUCACAUGUAUUUUCAUAGACCAGUGGCAGGCCGAGAUGGGAGCAUCUGGUCGCCAGGAUGGUUUGCUAUGUGUGUGGGACUUGAACUAGAACAGCUCCUACAAGACAAUGGUUACGAGAGUGUUCAGCAGGCCGUUGGUAAGAAAGUGGAUAAUUUUUAUAGUGUCGAUUGUUGAUAACAGGGUCAUUUAAUGGCGCCGUAAUUUAAUAUAGAGAAAGUUACUAAAUACAUUUUUAUAAUAAACAAGACUUUACAUUGCUUUCAAUCAGAUAAUUUAUGUUAGAACUUGCUUUUCCUUUUUUAUUUUCCCAUUACCGCCUCUAGCGAACGCGUGGAUGCUUUCGGUCGCGGUAGAUUCCUUAAUUUUUCCUUUUCGCAUGCUACCAUUCGUUGACCUGUCGUACAGCUGCUUGUGUCCCAUCAAAUGACUUACGUUCAACAAAUCUUUUUCCACACAAAUCACAGCCAUGGGGUCGUUCGCCAACAUGCCUGCGAUUAUGCUGGGUCAAAUGUGCUCUUCAAAGAAACUCCUGCUCGCAGAGGUCAUAUUUGUAUGAGCGUUCGUUUGUAUGGAUUUGCAUGUGCCGAGUCACGUGAGAAUAUUUUAUAAACCCGCCACCACAGACUUCACAUCUGAAUUCUCGAUCUUUGCUGUGGAUAAGUUUGUGCUGCGUAAGUUCUUUAGAUUCAAGAAACUUUCUACCACAGAUGUCGCAACUAAAUAUCUGAUCCGCAAGAUUCAUAUCGAUGUGAACACGCUGGUGACGUUUCAAACUGCUUCUUUCUACGUAGCCUUUGCCACAGAUAUCACACUUAUACAGACGCUCUCCAGUAUCCAUGCGCAUGUGGCGAGUGAGUUCAGCACUAGUUAUGAAUUAUUUGCCACAAAUAUCGCACUUGUGCGAUCUCUCACCCGCAUGGAUAAGUUUGUGUCGCGUGAGACUACUGUUUUCGGUAAACUUCCUACUGCAGAUAUCGCAAACGUAAGCCUGAUCUUUAUGGGUAAGCUGGUGCUGAUCCAACUGCUCAGAAGUGAAAAAUUCUCUGCCACAUAUCCGACAA